CACAAUCCCAACAAACAUUUGUUCUCGGGGAAGAGAGGGAAAGGAAAAACAGACAGGCGUUGAUGAAACCAGACAAGGGAAAACAGAUGAUGGAUGGAUUGAAGAACAUGUGUCAAGUUUUGGAUUAUGCUGUAGUUUUUGUUUACUAUUAUUAUUAUUAUGUUAUGCCUCUUUUGUGGUUUAUCUACAGACAUUAUAGGAAACAUUGUAGCUUCUUCUGCGAGCAUUGUGUUUGGAGGACUAAGAAUCGUUUUAAUGGAUUUAUUAAUUAAUCUUUUUCCAUUGCAAUGGUUAGUUAUAAGUUGGUGUUUGGUUAUGUAGAUAAGUUGAGGACCAGAUUCUCAACAGUGCAAGUGAUCUAAUCACAUCACUGCGCCAUGUGCCAGAGCCUCAAAAUCUUUAAAUUAUGUUUUUUUUUGUGAAGAAAACACAUUUCUUAAAAGAAAAUUUGUGUGUUUUACUAGAGAUCUUUAACUUUUCUUUGUAUACAACUUUCACUCUGUAAAUGCCUUGAUACUAAUUUACAAACUCAACACUCCUUACGUUUUGAGUUUUUUUCUUUCUCUAAACGAGCUUUUAGGAUCGUCGCUUGGUUUGCAAGGCAACAGUUGUUCAACAAUCUCCGUGAAAUGGUAAGGUAAUUUUUUUACCGUUGUGAUCAAUCUUUCUUCUUUUCUUAUUUGACAAAAGAAAAUACAGUUGUCACUCACAAGUGACAUGCAUGCGUGAUAGAUUAUUACCGAGUCCCGAAAAAUAACGGUAAGAAAAUUUAUUACUUUUGUGAUCAAUUUCCUUUUUGCUUUUGCAGCAUUAAUUGGAAAAGAAAAUUAUACAACGGACAUAUCUCUUAAUUACUUCUUCUAUAAAUACUCACUCUUUUACUUCACUCCACGCAUCCAAAUUUCCCACUCUUUAUUUUCUUUAUGAUAAUUGCUGUUUCUUCUCGAGCAAAGCUUUUUUUUUCUGAAAAAGAAUAUUUUGUUACGGGGAAACUUAUAAUAUGUUGCAUCACUUUGCUUCAUGGUGUGUUCUUCUGGAGGAUUUUCUGGCUGUGACAGAGGUUAUUACCAGAGUGGAAACGAGAGAAGGGCAAGCCAAAUGACGAAGCCAUUUCGAUCAUGGAGAGGUUUACGAGCACUUUCUCGAGCCGGAAUGUUUUACUGAGAUGAAUUCUUUCUAUCCGGGCCUCAUCCAUAAUAUUAACAUGAGGAAAGCAUCUCGUUUCGUGUCAAAAGAUUGACAUCGGAUCCGGUCAGUUUUUCUUUUUAAACUAAGAAAACUAUUUCUUUUUUUUUUUUACUUUUUAUUUUUGGUUUUAAAUUUUGAUAUUAUAUAAUAUAUAUUGCAUAAUUCUGUCCAUAAAUUUUUCUAUGGUCCUAGCGGUGCAUAUGUUUAAUAUGUUAUUCGUAUUGUAAAUUUAAGACUUAUACUAGUUUUCAUUUUGGAGAGAAGUGUAGGUGAUAAAUUUCAAUAUGUUAAAAACAAACCAAACUAUUGCAUCCAGUCUAUAGAAUUUCUAUAGUCGGUAAGUUUUGGUGUACAUGUUUAACAUGUUUUUUUAUUGUAAAUUUAACACUUACAUUAAUUUUCAUUUUGGGAAAAAGUUUAAGGUAAUGAAUUGCAAUAUGUAGAAGCAAACCAAACUAUGGUCCGUUAGCCGAUGUAUAUGUUUAAUAUGUUAUUCAUAUUGUAAAUUUAAGACUUAUACUAGUUUUCAUUUUGGAGAAAGGUGUAGGUGAUAAAUUUCAAUAUGUUAAAAACAAACCAAACUAUUGCAUCCAGUCUAUAGAAUUUCUAUAGUCCGUAAGUUUUGGUGUACAUGUUUAACAUGUUUUUUUUAUUGUAAAUUUAACGCUUACACUAAUUUUCAUUUUGGAAAAAAGUUUAAGCUAAUGAAUUGCAAUAUGUAGAAGCAAACCAAACUGUUGCAUCAUGUCCAUAGAAUUUUUUAUGGCCUGUUAAAUGUGUAAUAUAUAUUUUUAGUAUUGUAAAUUUAACACUUAAAACUAAUUUUCAAAGUUUUCCUUGAGUAUGCAAAGUGUUUUAAUUUAUUUUAAAGUUUUAAACAAUAUGUUUAAUAUGCUUUUUCCGUGUUGUAAAUUUGACGAGGGAAACCAUCGCGGAGGUGAUCAAAAAUUAUUGAUAAGAAGGAAUCAGAGAUCGAGGAGAUACACUGAAACAGAAAGAGGUAUCAAGAAACUCAAAAGUAAGUUUAAUAUGUUUAUAAAGUGUUUUGAUUUUAAUCACUUGCUUCAUAGUUCUCAUCUGUUCUCAUGCUAAACCCUUUACUCUCCUCUCGUUUUUUAAUCUGAAGGAUCAAACUUUUAGGUUUUAUUUCCUGGCUUCAUGGGUGAGAGAGAGAGAGAUAUCAAGAGAUUUAUCCGCCAAUCAGGCUAGAGUUUUUACUGUGUCUGAAAUAGAGACACUAGAGAUGUUGUCAUGCUGAUAUUAUGUAAGAAACUGAAUAUCUUUGAAGUCCUUUGGUUGGUUUCACUUUGACAGGAGAGAAGACUGUUUUGGUUUCAUCAGAGGCAUAUCUUCUGUAACAUUUCGAGUUUCAUUUUUUGUUUCAUUGCAUCAUUUCCUUGUAAGAAAAAUAAGUCUAUGGUAUUGUUGAACCAUGUAGACAAAAGUAUUCUUCUGUACUAUCUCAAAAAUUUUAAUAAUACAACAAGAGCUUUCACUCUUCACCAUCUAGAGAUCCCAAAUCCUACAUACCAUAGUUUUCAUAGUCCAAAGUUUCAUGUCUAUGAUCGCUAUACUGCUAGAUCCAAUAUUUGAAAAGAAACAUCAUGUAAAUGAGAACGUUGAAACGCUGCAGUGAUUAUGACAUCAUGAUUGUACGUACGUAUAACAAAUAUACGUUUUUUUAAAUCCAAAUACCUUUUCGUACAGAGCAAAAUCACCUGUUGAAGAUGUAAAGUUAUGUCACUUGCUUGAUCGUUCAAGACUUCAAGUUAAUAUCCACAUGCCCAAAAUAAGACCAAGACUAGCCAAAUAAAAUGUAAAUAGCAAGUUUAUAUUUCGUUGGUCAAGUAUGAGAGCUCAAUAAAACGAAACACACAUGAUCAGAGAUGCUGAAAAACAAGUUAUAUUAGAGCUUCGAAGAUGGGGACAAGUUUUUCAUGAUUUUUUAUUUUUUUUGAAAAAUGAGAAAGUGUACUAAAACAAUGAGAACCGGAAGGAAAACUUUUAAAAAACCCUUCAAAAUAUUCUAAUGCCACUUGUAUAUUUUUAUUGGUUUAUAUUUUAUGCUUUACUUUAUGUAAUAAUUAUAUUAUUUUUAAUCAUAUCAUAUUAAUUAAAUAUUCAAUAAAAUAUAUCGCCGAUAAUGAUGCUCAACACCGUGCAAAUCAACCACACGUACGGUAGUCAAUAAACAAUGAAAUUACUAUGCAGUAGUUAGCAAUAUAUAUACAUGAACUACGAGUAUUGGGUUCACGAGCUCCUUGGUGACAUAAACUAUACAUGAAGAAUGAUACUUAGCAACAUUAACCGUGAAUAUGCACAAAAGAGGUUCUAACUAACAUAACAAUAGUAUUUUAAUACUUUUUAGUUAUGUCGUUAAAAUUUAUUUUGUUAAAAAAUAUAGACCACUAGAAAUUAAAUACUUGUCACUUUAAAUAAAGGACCAAUUCUUAACUGUUCAGUUCACAUAUAUAUAUAUAUAUAUUUCUGAAUUAUUCAUUUUCUCUAGAACUCCUCUACAAUCCAUGAUUGAAGGUGUUUUUAGUGUUACAAUCUGGCAUUUUUUUACGUGGCAUUUGUACAACUUGAUUACAGAAGAACGUAAAACAUGUUUUUUCUCCUUUUAAAAUGUAUGUUUUUAAGUUACGUAGAAGAAACCUAUUCUGUUAUACAGAAAACACACGAGACCUUUGCUACGGACAUCUCCAUCCCUACUCCAUUUUUUCUUCUAAAAUAGAGUAAAAGUGAAUAUGAAGUAAGGAAUGCUCUAACUAAACUCCAUAUCUCACUCCAUAAUAAAAUUUACUCCAUAAAUGGAGUAAUCUCUUUUUUGUUUGUUCAUCACUCCAUAAUGGAGUGGGAAAUGGAGUAGAGUUAAAGCAAUUUUACUCCAUUUUCACUUUUACUUCACUUUGAAAGAAAAAAUGGAGUUUUACAUUGGAGAUGCUCUAACUACGUUACAAAUUCGUUUUUAUUUCACAUUCCUUUUUAUUUUAGAUAACAUAAAUAAAAUAUUGUUUAUCUUCUUCUUUUCAUUUCUUUUGUAUUUAGACGCAAAGUAAAUGAGAAAAAAUAACGUAAAGGAAUAUGAGGGGACAAUUUAAAGACCCAAUCAUAUACAAGCCUUCUUAGUGAUAUUCAGAGUGGUCUCCAUUGUAUGAAAGCUACUUUAUUAAUAUUAUUAUUAUUAUUAUUGUCAUUGAAUUUUUUUUUUGGAGCAAUAUUGUCAUUGAAUAAAAUUCAAAAUACGAACGAAAAUAAAGACACAACCCCUACAUAAGCGCGUACGGUAUGAAAUCUACAGGCAGCGUUAUCAACUAGUUUAUCAUGGGACGUACCAUAAUCAUCAGAAGUUCAGAACAGUCGUUUGGUCGCUGAAUAAUUUAAAUGUGAAAGUAGAAUAAUAAUACUAACCAACGGUCUUAUUACUGAAAAGUAAACAAGGACAUAAACGAUUAAUUAUUUUUUGUUUCUUUAAAAUUAAAAACGAAUUUUGAAUUAUACAUAUAAACAAUAAAACAAAUGAGCCUAAAUUUUAUUUUAUACACUUCAUCGAUUUCAUAAAAACUGUUAUUUUGAUUUUAUUCACUUUAUUAAAAAUAAAUUAAAUUUCAUUUAUACUUUUAAUAAUCGAGUCAAUAAUCACUGUGAUAACUAAGUAUAGUUGAAAAAUUAAAAUAAAUUUCAAAUAAAUUUAAAAUUAAAAUAAAUCGAAUACUUAAAAUUUUAAUUGAAUUCUAAACAUUUUAUGUAUCAACAAAAAAAAUGUCAAAAUAUUUUUUUGUGAAAUGGAAGGAAUAACAUUUUUGGAUCAAGUAUGCUUGACAGCUUUGCUCUGUAGAAUCCAGUCAAGAAAAACUUUACUUUCCAAAAUAUAUUAUAUUUUAAAUAAAAACAAAGAAAACACAAAAGUUUCUAAAUUUCUCUUUUUCCUUUCUUUGUCACAAGACUAUAGAGUGUUGGCAAGUAGAGAGAGAGAGAGAAAGAGGAAGAAGAAGAUGAUGGAGAAGUGGGUGCUGGUUGUGGUUCUGUUUACAGUCUGCAUUGUUGGCUUCGAGCUUAGCUUCAUCUAUGGAGCCACUGAUGCAUCAGACACUUCAGCACUGAACACAUUGUUCAGCAGUAUGCAUUCACCAGCACAGCUAACACAAUGGACUGCAUCAGCUGGUGACCCUUGUGGCCAGAAUUGGAGAGGCGUUAAUUGCUCUGGAACACGAGUUACUCAAAUAAAGAUAUCAGGUCUUGAGCUCUCUGGAACACUUGGAUACAAGCUUGAUAGCCUGACUAAUCUUACAGAGCUUGAUGUAAGCAGCAAUAACCUUGGAGGUGAUUUACCAUAUCAGUUUCCUCCAAAUCUAGAACGAUUGAACCUUGCAUUCAACCAAUUCACUGGAGCUGCUCAAUACUCAAUUUCUCAGAUAGUGCCACUUAAGUAUCUUAAUCUUGGUCACAAUCAGUUUAAAGGGCAAAUAGCUAUUGAUUUCUCCAAGCUCACCUCUAUUACCACCUUGGACUUCUCUUUCAAUUCUUUCACUGAUUCUCUACCGGGAACUUUCACCUCUCUUACAAGUUUGAAAUCACUGUACCUUCAGAACAAUCAGUUCUCAGGAACAGUUGAUGUCUUAGCCGGUCUCCCUCUUGAUAUUCUGAACAUUGCAAACAAUGAUUUCACUGGCUGGAUCCCCAGUUCUUUAAAGGGCAUUGAUUUAAUAAAAGAUGGUAACUCAUUCAGUACUGGACCUGCACCUCCACCACCACCUGGUACACCUCCUCCACCACCACCACAUGGUACACCUCCAACUCAUGGCACACCGAGCCAUAAAUCCACAAACCAUUCAAGUAUUGAUUCCACAAGCAAUGGAGAAUCCAAGAAAUCAGGAAUUGGAGUUGGUGUUAUAGCAGGCAUAGUCAUUUCAGUACUAGUCGUUACAGCUCUUGUGGCUUUCUUCUUGGUCAAAAGAAGAAGAAGAUCAAAGAGAUCACCAUCAUCAUCCAUGGACAUUGAGAAAACCAAUAACCAGCCUCAUAUGGUUGCAGAAAAUAAUUCUAUUCUUCAGAGUUCUUCAUCAGUUGAGGCAAAGAAACUUGAUACUUCCUUGUCUAUUAAUCUCCGGCCUCCACCAGCUGAACGGCACAAAUCAUUUGAUGAUGAGGAUGCCACAAGAGAGCCUAUUGUUGUCAAGAAAUCCACCGUGGUGGUUCCUUCUAACGUGAGAGUCUACUCAGUUGCAGAUCUCCAAAUUGCUACUGGCAGUUUCAGUGUAGAUCAUCUUCUUGGAGAAGGGACUUUUGGACGAGUGUACAGAGCUGAGUUUGAAGAUGGAAAGGUUCUUGCUGUAAAGAAGAUUGAUUCCUCUGCUCUUCCACACGACACGACCGAUGAUUUCACUGAAAUAGUAUCGAAACUCGCCGUUUUGGAUCAUCCAAACGUGACAAGACUGGUUGGAUACUGUUCUGAACAUGGACAACAUCUCCUAGUCUAUGAGUUCCACAGCAAAGGAUCGUUACAUGACUUCCUACACUUAUCAGAAGAGGAAAGCAAAGCACUGGUGUGGAACUCACGAGUCAAGAUCGCUCUUGGGACUGCACGUGGAUUAGAGUACCUGCAUGAAGUUUGUUCACCAUCUAUAGUUGACAAGAACAUCAAAUCAUCCAAUAUUUUACUUGAUUCGGAGAUGAAUCCUCACUUGUCAGAUUCAGGUCUCGCAAGCUUCCUCCCCACAGCAAACGUGCAGUUACUAAACCAAACCGAUGAAGGUUAUAGCGCGUCUGAAGUAUCAAUGUCAGGUCAAUACUCUUUGAAGAGUGAUGUGUACAGUUUUGGAGUAGUGAUGCUUGAACUUUUAACCGGGAGAAAACCAUUUGACAGCACAAGGUCAAGAGCUGAGCAGUCAUUGGUUAGAUGGGCGACACCACAGCUUCAUGAUAUUGAUGCUUUAGGCAAAAUGGUUGAUCCAGCUCUUGAAGGGCUUUAUCCGGUUAAGUCUCUUUCAAGAUUUGCAGAUGUUAUUGCUCUCUGCGUCCAGGCGGAGCCGGAGUUUAGACCACCAAUGUCUGAAGUUGUGCAGUCACUGGUUGUGUUAGUGCAGAGAGCUAACAUGAGCAAGAGAACUUCCAAACGUUCUGGUAGUGCCGACACAACCAAUGAUUACAUGUAAAACUCAUGGUAACAGUUUGGUCUGUUGUAUGAAGUCGCAAAGACAGCGACAAACAGAGCUUCUUUGUUUCUUUUACAUUUGAUUUCGAUUGGGUUUGGUUAAUUUUUUGUGAA